GAAAAUAAAAAUAGAGAGAGAAAGAGAAAAAAGGACAAAAGUGAAAAAGAAAAAGGAAAGGAACAGGAAGAUAAAGUGCGUUCUUGUUGUUCAAGAGGAAUUUUCUCAACAAUUUACCGCCGUCAUGAGAAUAACUGCCCCAUUUAGGGCUCUUGUUAUCGCCCACUUAUUUUAUUGUGUAGCGCCAGCCGGAGAAGCUGACUAUACGCUGGACGAUUCAUUUUGGAAUGAGGAGAGUCCUGUUGGUGAAGUUGAACGUUUACUCAAAGAAUAUCGCCAGAAUCAAGAACUGGUACGCCGUAUCGGUGGUCACUACUAUCAAAUCAUAUAUCCGGUGCAAUUAAGGCAUCACGAGAAGAUGGGUAUUUCAACGCGUGAAGUCAGUCCACCAAAGCCGGGUCAACGACCACGUCCUCACGAUGACAGCGGCUUUAGUAGAGGCAGAACAAAGAAACAUUUUCAUCGUACAUCAUUAUUAAUUAAGGCUUUUAAUCAUAAGUUUCGCUUAGAUUUGGAAUUAAACUCACAAUUAUUAUCGCCGAAUUUAAUACAAAAACACUACCAUUCGAGUGGUUACCUGGUGGAUGGUAAUCGACAUGAUAUUGAACAUUGUUACUAUCAUGGGACAGUCAAAGACUAUCCUGGUGCCAGUGCGGCCUUUCAUACCUGUAACGGUGUGAGUGGAGUGAUACACAUCGGUAAUGAGACAUUUGUAAUACAUCCCUUCUAUGGAGGUGAUCUGUCGAAGCAUCCGCAUGUGAUAUUUGAGGCACGAACUAAAGGCAACAAAGGCUGUGCUAAUUCCGGCAAUUUGGAUUCGUGGCGUUUGUCGCGUCGCACUAAACACCUGUCUGCCGGUCUUAUGGAGGAGAUGCAUGCAAAUGGUGCCGGUCGCUAUAAGCGUGAUGUACGAGAAGCCACCAAAUAUAUUGAAACUGCCAUAGUGGUUGAUAAGGCCAUGUUUGAUAAACGUAAUGGCAGUACACGAGCCGAAGUGAUACAUGAUGCCAUACAAGUGGCCAAUAUAGCGGAUUUAUAUUUUCGCACCAUGAACACACGAGUGGCUGUAGUUUAUAUUGAGACUUGGGGUAAAAAUCAGGCCAUUAUUGAUGGCACCAAGGAUAUUAGUAAAGCCAUAUCAAAUUUCAAUGAUUACACAUCGAGAAAUCUUUUUCAAAUUGAACGUGAUACCACGCAACUAUUAACGGGUGAAACAUUUGUGGGUGGAGAGGCUGGUAUGGCUGUGCCGGACACAGUUUGUACCCCACGCGCCGUUGGUAUCAGCGUAGACAUCAAUGUCUAUGAACCGCAUUUGUUGGGUGGAGCGAUGGCUCAUAUGAUUGGUCAUAAUAUUGGCAUGGGUCAUGACGAUGGGCGCCAGGAAUGUUACUGCCGUGAUUGGCAUGGUUGUAUAAUGGCCCAAUCUAUAGUGGGUCUGGAGAAUGUGCAGCCGUAUAAAUUUUCCGAAUGCAGUAAAGAUGAUUACAUAGACGCUUUGCGUACGGGUCACGGGUUGUGUUUACUCAAUAAACCAAAUGAGAUCGAAAUGCGUCGCAAUUGUGGCAAUAAAAUUGUAGAAGAAGACGAAGAAUGCGAUUGCGGCACUUUCGAGGAGUGCGCCACGGAUCCAUGUUGCGAUGGCAUUACAUGUAAAUUAAAGUCUGAAGCUCAAUGUGCCACUGGCGCUUGUUGUGAACAAUGCCGUUUACGUCCCAAGGAUCAUAUAUGUCGUGAUUCACACAACGAAUGCGAUUUACCCGAGUAUUGUGACGGCGACCAUGGCGAUUGCCCAAUGGACGUAUUCAAAAAGAAUGGUUCACCGUGCGGUCAUACAAAGGCGGGAAUAUCUGGUUAUUGUUUUCAAGGCGAUUGCCCAACAUUGAAUUUACAGUGUGAGGCUAUCUGGGGUUAUGGCGGUGCGGCUGCAGAUCGUCAAUGUUUCGAACAAUUUAAUUCGAAAGGCUCAAUUAACGGCCAUUGCGGCCGUGAUACCAACGACCAUUAUAUCAAGUGUGAACCAGAAAAUGUUCAAUGCGGCACCCUGCAAUGCAAGGAAGGCGAAAGACAACCAGUUACCGAAGGCGUGGAUCAGUUGUAUUCAAGAACAAUUAUUUCAAUUAAAGGCAUUGAAUACGAAUGCAAAGCAACCAGCGGGCAAGUGGGUUCUAGUGAGUUUCCUGAUCAUGGUCUCGUCAAGGAUGGUACACCGUGUGGUGAUAAUUUAAUAUGUUUGAAUCAAACAUGCGUUAGUAUAUUUCCUCAUAUCGACCAAACAAAAUGUCCCACUAACAGUCAAGGACAAGAAUGUUCAGAUCGAGGGGUUUGCACGAAUACCAACCGUUGUUUCUGUGACAUGGGUUGGGGCGGCAUCGAUUGCAGUUUAGUUGUAUUGCUAACUACGCCACUGCCAACAGAAGCUCUGCCAACGCCAGAAAAUACAAUCAAAAUGGAAAAGAAGGAGACACCUUAUGGCACAUCAGAUCAGAAUAGGAUCAGCACACUAACCAUGGUCAUCAUAUUAACCCUUAUCGUCAAAUGUGUCUUCAUUAGUUUCGCGACAUUGGCUGUUUGCUACAGGCGCAAGACAACCACUUUGAAGUACGAUCCACCCUAUACCAAAAAACCGAUUGCCAAGGGUUAUGGAGGUGCAGCCACUGCCGCCAAUCAUCAUUCCGUAGAAGAGGUUUCAUUGGAUGGUUCCAGUAAAUUAGUUUAUGCCAAUCAAGCAGGUUUCAGCCGAGAUAAAAGCAUACAUGGCCGUCGUUAUACCGCCACCGAUGACGAUCAAACGCAUUCAGAAAAGGGCAUUUUGAAGAAACAUGGCUACGGCCUCGUACAUGGUGAGCAACUCAAAGAUAAAUGGCCCGAUGACGGCCAAUCGGACAAUCUAGAAUUAAUUACACAGGAUGGAACAUUGGCAUCCACCAGUGGUGCAGCCGUUUCUGAAGUGGAACGUACCCUUAAAUCGCUGAAUGGCUAUCAUGAAGAUAUAUUAGAAGCUUUGCGAAACGCUGCCUCUCAUCGUGGUACCGGUACUGGCAAUACACCAGUAGGCAGCGGCAGCUUAAGCGAAGAAAUGUUACGUAAAACAUUACAGGAAUGCGCCACUUCACAAUUGGGCUACACCACCGAACCGUAUAAGCGUUCGGGUAGCUCGAAAACCAGCUCCCGCGAAAACAUUUGCGAUCAGGGUCAACCGCACGCGGUGCUGGUGGAGAGUUCCAAUGUGGGCGGUGGCCAUGGUGGUGCCAUACUGCAUCAUCAUCGGUCUCAACAUCAGCUGCAUCAGCCAUUGUCCCAGCAGCAGCCACCACCGGAUGAUGAUGAAGGCCCAUCAACUGGGCCGUUGCGCAUACGUAAUUUAGAAGAUCUUAUACGGCAACUCGAACAUCAUUCGUCGCGGCAUAUGAGCCCCAGCGGCUCCGAGGACAUACGCAUGUCCGAGACCGAAGCCGAUCGACAUUAUAGAUUAGAUAGUUCAGCCGCUUGUAGUGAAUCCUCGCAAGGAUCGAAUCAACAGUUAGCGCAAUCACAGAAAACGGCAACAAUACAUCCGUCUUAUAGCAGUCGAUGUCGACCGCGUGCCGAGGAGGAUCCACGUUUUGCGUACGGAAGGUACAGGCAUUCAACAACAACAAAUAGACUACCUUCCCAUUCACCUCAUGCUUUCGGUCAUCAUGCACAUCAUUCACACGCCCACGGCCAUGCCACGCACGGUCCGCACUCAUCGCAUCAUUCAUCGCACACUCAUCUGCAUCAAGACGACGACGGGAUCUACGAAAGUGCCGAUCGUUCGGUUGUAGAGGCACGACUUGAUCCCCGCGAACCACCCGACAGCGAAAGUGAUGACUUUAUUCAAGCUCAACAAUUAGCCCGAUGGGCGAGUGAGGAUGUGGUAUCCGUCGUGGUAUUGGAUCAGCAAGCCGGUACAACGUCGGAUUCCCAACAAUCCAACGGCGGCGGAAUCACGUCAGCGGCUUCAACGGGUACUGUUAUACAUCAUCAGCAUCCGCAUCAGCACCACGGCGAUCAUCAAUCCUCAGCAGUGGCAACGUCCUCAGCUGGGGUCCUAAUAUCCACCAACACAAACCAACAGCAUCCCAUAGCUUUGGGGAACAUGCCCAAUGGUAUAAGUGUAAAUCAGAGGGACUAUUACCCAUCGCCACCCUCAACCGAGACGGAAAGCAGUGGAAGUGUUAUCCAACCACUCAAUCGACGCUACACCAUACAGGCCGACACCGGCCAGCAACAAUUGCAAUUGCAUCAACUGCAUCAACAUCAACACCAGCACCAACAUCAGACGGUGGCAGGCGACACCACCAGCAGCAGCAACAACAGCCAAUCCGGUCAAAUACUAGAGAACGGUCGUUAUCCCGAAUAUAAGCACUGAUAGUAUAAUAAUUGCAUCACCAACACUACCAAUGCCAUCGCAUCCAACACAUUCAACACAUACCAUCAGCACUCCCACAUAUAGCAUUAAACUCAUCUCUCAUACAAUCAUGCAAAUCAAAAAGCACUGUAAAAUAAAUCAUUUUAUUAUCACACUCUCGCAUAUUUACCACCAUCUCUACUACUAUCUUACUCUGACCCUUUCGAUGUUACUAUGUAAACGUUUUGAUGACGACAACACGAAUUUGCAGCCAUCUCCGUUAAUUAACGGAGUACUCUCACACAUGCAUACUUUUAAUGUUUCUGAGAGAGAGAGUGCUACUCUGCAUAGUUAUAUUAGAUAUUAAAAAUGAAAAUUUAAGAAAAGAAAGAAAGAAAGAAAAAAAAAAAAAAAAAAAAAAAAAA